UUGAAUAGUAUCUGAAAGCAAUCGUAGAUAAUUUGGUUUCUUAUUCAUAUAGAUUGCAAUUGCUAUAUAUCAUCCAAAGGCCCAGUAGAUGAUUCAGCUCCAAGGAUAGGAGAGAAGAGAGGGAAAAUGAGCACAACAGAGAAGGAGGUUUGUGUAACCGGAGGGGCCGGUUACGUAGCAUCCUGGCUCAUCAAGUUGUUGCUUCAGAGUGGCUAUAGAGUCAAAGCGACCUUGCGUGAUACCAAUAAUUCACGGAAGACGCAACAUCUUCUGGCACUUGAAGGGGCAAAGGAGAGACUCCAUUUGUUUAAGGCAGAAUUGCUAGAAGAAGGAUCCUUUGACUCGAUAGUCGACGGGUGCGGAGCUGUUUUCCAUACAGCAUCACCUGUGGUUUUCUCAGCUUCCGAUCCCCAGGCUGAAAUAGUGGAUCCACCAGUGAGAGGCACCUUAAACGUUCUGAAAUCAUGUGCGAAAGUCGCUUCUGUCAAGCGAGUGGUCGUGACCUCCUCCAUGGCUUCAGUAGUGUGCAAUGGAAAACCUCUGACCUCUGAUGUGGUAGUUGAUGAAACAUGGUUCUCUGAUCCGGCUUUCUGCGUGGAAUCAAAGCUUUGGUAUGUGCUCUCCAAAACCAUUGCGGAGAAGGCUGCUUGGCAAUUUGCAAAAGAGAACAAGAUUGACUUGGUUAUGAUGAACCCAGGACAUGUGAUCGGCCCUCUUUUGCAGCCUACCGUCAAUCUCUCAGUGGAACUGAUAUUGAACUUUGUCAAUGGAACUGAAGAAUUCCCCAAUGCGUCCUACGGAUUUGUCGAUGUCCGAGACGUUGCACAAGCACAUAUCCAAGCUCUUGAAAACCCUUCAGCUAGCGGCAGGUAUUGCGUAGUUGCAGGAGUAAUGCACCGUCACGACGCCUUGAACAUCUUGCGCCAUCUCUAUCCGACAUCGCACCUCCCAGAAAAAUGUGAAGACGACAAACCUGCUGCAUCGGCUCAUCGGAUAUCAAGGGAAAAAGUAGAAGGUUUGGGUGUGAAUUUCACACCUCUGGAGGUUAGCCUAAGAGAGACUGUUGAGAGCCUCAUGGAGAAAGGUUUCCUCUCUCUUUGAGCUUUUUCUUCGGAGGCCAGGCCGGCCUCAGCAACACCAUUGGGAACCUUAGGGGUGGAGGCGGAGCCUCUCUGUUUGAGCUUUUCUGUCAUACUUGAAAGGUUUUCGGUAAUGUAUUGCAUUUUUCGUCUAGUUACCGGGGGAGGCAUCUCCUUCACUUGUUGAAGGAGGCUUUCCAUCUCUAAAAUUUGAAAGAUGAUGCAACUCUCAAUGUCUAUCCAUUGAGUUUUACAGUAUGGUGAUUGAAUGCAAAUAAAAACCACUUGUUGAAAGA